CAGCAGCAGAUUACAACAACAAUUAUUAAGCUCACGUUUUGUUGAUCGCGAUUGGUGUUGCCGUGUGUUUGGUUUGUGGCAGCGUCUUGUUAACUGUAAUAAUCAUACGGCGCUGCAACAGCGCAGCAGCAACAGCAACAACAACAACAACAACAACGCAUAGCAUACAACAUAAACAACGCAGCUCGUCGCAGCGACGACGCAGCAGCAACAUCAGCAGCAGCAGCAGCAGCAGCGGCAGCGGCAACAUAGCGAGAGGAACUGGCGGCAGUGGCAGUGGCAGUGGCAGUAACAGCGCGACAACUGCCUUUGCUCUGGCCCUGCCACUUGCGCCGGCAGCAGCACAAGCGGAACAGGCAGCAACACCAACAGCAGCAGCAGCAGCGCCCACGACAACAGCAGCAGCAACAACAACAACAACAAUAACAACAGUUUUAUCAAACGAGCCGGAACAUUCUGUACCCAUGCUAUCGGUAGUGACGGGCGGCUGCGCGGGAAUGGAGCGGCUAGGCGUUCCGACCCGCACAUCAUUGAGCACACCACCCGAUGAUAGGGAACAAUUUAGAUGUAGAAUGCGCGUUGAUGCGCUACAAGCGUGUGAACUUUUGGCUGCACGUAGCAGCAGCAGUAACAAUCAGCAAACGCAACAACAGCAACGCAACAAUAAGCAACAACAUUCCCACCAUCAGCAGCAGCAGCAGCAACAACAACAACUUCAGCAGCAACAUUUUCUAUAUCAGCAACACAUGAAUACACCGCCCUCAACUCAUAGUUUAAGCGCCGGCAGCCAAGCUGUUGGCAGCAGCAGCAACAAUCACAACAACAACAACAACACGCAUAGUAUUAACAAUUUUGUUGGCAGCAAUGUGGCACGCGGCGGCAUUGAGGCAACUACAUUGAAAUAUGGCAACACAGGCAGCGGGAGCUACAAAGGCGACUUGAGUAAUUCCAGCUGCUCGUCCAUGUCCUCGUGUAGUUCGCUUAACAGCCAUAGCAAUGAUCAUCAUCAACAUUACCAAUACCAGCUGCAGCAACAGCAGACGCCGCGUUGCCCACAUCAUGUACCACUGCCGGACAGCGAGUACGGACAGGAUCGUCAUCUGCAAAUACGCAGCAGCUAUCAGCAAUCAGAAAUCACACGCUCCUAUACUAAGCCGCCGCCCAACAAAACCGUACGCGAUGUGCCCGAACAAAUAGCCAGCGCCAAUACAAACUAUCGCCUCAACGCCACAAAUACCUGCAGUUCCAGCUCCAGUAGCAGCAGCUUUGCCUUGGCCGUAACGCAAGCACAGCUAUCGGCCACAUCUCCCACAGCAGCAGCAGCAGCAGCAGCAGCAUCCGGCGUCUCCGCUGGCAGUUCAAGCAAAUCCAAGCCCAAUGCUAUAACCAAGUUCUUCUCCAGAAUUAGUUCGCCCAAAUCGCCCACAGCGCUGGGCACGCCUGCCAGCAGCGGCUGUUCACUAGCCUCAUCUGCCUCCAUGAGCUCCUCGGCCUCUUCGCUGGCAUCCUCAAAUUGUGUCUCCACAUCAUCGUCAGCUUCCUCGCUGGCUGCGGCGCCACUCGCUACGCUGCCCAUUGCAAAUGCAGCCACAGUUAAGAGCACAGCCUGCAGCACUGGAGCAGCAGCUGGUGGAACAAACACCGAUGCAGAGGAUACGCAAUAAUUCCAACUCUAGGCGUUGUCAAAAUCAAACUUCGCGCUGGCACGAAAAGACUGUUUAUUAGUCAGAAUUUAAUCUGUAAAUGAAAUAUAUAACUUUGUUGAGAGAGAGAGAGAGAGAGAGAGCAGUCCACACUACAGUUUAAUUGAGCCGCAUAAGCUCAUUUCCAUUAUCGCAUGCUUAACAGACAUAUAAAUAUACAUAUAUAAAUCUAUAUUAUUUAUAAAUGAAAACACAGACACACUUAUAGAGCGAGACACAGUUAAAGAAUGAAAUAUGUAUAUGUUACUUAUAGAUUUUGUUUACAACUAUAAUUUUAGAUGUAUGCUUGCUAUACUCUUUAAACAACUCCCCCCCACCAUCCAACCAACAACGCAGACCUUAUGUUUAUGCUGUAAACGAGCAACUUUAAAUAUUAUAUAAAUCAAUUUAUUUGUAAUUUUUUUUUUAUUAUAUCAAAGCCCUUGUGCUGGAACACACUUGAAUUCAUACAUUGCUUAUAAAAUUG